AUAAUACUGUCAAGAGUGUCAAGCAAGUGAAAUAAAUGCAUUCUGUCUGAGCAUCAAUCAAGUUUAUUAGUUGAAUUUCAUGUUAAAUACCAUGAUUUCCCAUUAGUUACUAAUCCAAUUAUUAGAAUAUAGUGUAAUUAAUUUGUUAACAAAUCAUGGCGAACCACUACGAAGUCCCUAGCUGGGCCGGUAAGCCUCCUACUGGACUUCAUUUGGACGUGUUAAAAGGAGACAAAUUGAUACAAAAGCUGAUGUUAGAUGAGAAGAAAUGCUAUUUAUUUGGCCGCAAUCCACAGAUGAAUGAUUUUUGCAUCGACCAUGCCAGUUGCUCAAGAGUUCACGCCGCUUUUGUAUAUCAUAAACAUUUAAAUAGAGCCUUUUUAGUGGACUUAGGCAGCACUCAUGGAACUUAUAUUGGCAAGAUGCGGCUGGAGGCUAACAAGCCCACUCAGCUGCCCAUUGACUCAAACUUCCACUUUGGAGCUUCCACAAGAAAUUACAUUAUUAGAGAACGGCCGACAGGAAAUGCACGGGGCAUCAUGGAGGAUCUACCGAAUACAGAGCAGGAAGGAGCUUUACUCGGACUGCCGGAGACACAAACUGAACUUGAUAACUUGACAGAGUUCAACACGGCUCACAACCGAAGAAUUUCAAUGUUGGGAAUUUCGACAGAUGAUGGCACAGAUGUUAUAAAGCCGCCGACUGGCACGAAGCGUACAGCGACCAUGCCCAGUGGCGUUGCAAAGAAACAGAAGAGGAAUGUGUCCUUCAACGAGGAGGUGGACAUCAUCAACCCGGAGGACAUUGACCCUACCAUUGGAAGGUUCCGGAACCUGGUCAAGUCCACCAUAGUGCCCAAUGCUAACGCUCCACCGAAGAAACUCAAGCUGCAGAGUGCUGAUGAUAGCGCGCACCACAUGUCGCUGCGGCUGCAGGAGAUAUCGCGAAGCACUAACCUGUAUUCCGACCUGCCGGCCCCCAGUUCUCACCUCAGCCUCAUCGGAGCCAGACUGGGGCUGUCGCUGCCGAACCCCGCGCCGGACGUGGAGCUGGAGGGCCCCGAGCAGCCGCACGUGCAGCCGCCGCCGCCGCACAACGCACCAGAAGACGCGGGUCCGUCGACGGGUCCUAAAAAGAAGAAAUACGCGAAAGAGGCGUGGCCCGGACGGAAGCCGGGGCUCAUACCUGGCGUCUGAACUCAGCCGCCAUUUUGACAAAA